AUGGUGGAAGCGCGAGCUAGAAACAUAAGUCACAAUGUGAGGUGCACAGAGUGUGGUAGUCAGUCAAUUGAAGACUCCCAAGCUGACAUUGCCAUCCUCCUUCGAAAGUUAAUUAGGGAUGAAAUUCGGGAUGGGAAAUCUGAUAAAGAGAUCUACAAGAAGCUCGGGGAAGAGUAUGGUGAGACGGUGCUUUAUGAACCAAAAUUUGAUUUGCAGACAGCUGGUCUAUGGUUAUCACCGCUUUUAGUUGCAGGUGUCGCUGGAGGAAUGUGGGCAUACAAAAAGCACAGGCAAAAGACUAAUGUGCACAUUAUGGCUUUAAACCUCCACGACCGUGUGGAAAUCAUCGCAAAUGACCAAGGAAACAGAACGAUGCCGUCCUAUGUCGCUUUCACCGAUUCCGAGAGGCUAAUUGGUGAUGCAGCUAAGAACCAGGUCGCCAUGAACCCGGUGAAUACUGUCUUUGGUAAGAUCUGUUAUGCUUUACACUAA